CGUUCCGGCGUCGACGGUCCUUCCUACGUCUCUCCCUCGCACGGUGAAUCCGCGAUCAACCGCAAUCCGUGCUCCGACGUUUCUCGUUUCGUUUCUCUACGUUCGCGCGCGUUCUCGUUCUCUGCCUCGCCAUUUUUGUUCUCCGUUCACGGCGAAUCGUGUUCCGUAAAUCGUUCUCGCAUUGGCUCUAUCGAUCUCGAUCGUGGAAUUACGAUCGAACGGUUUUCGUGGAUUCGAGGGUACAUCAGUGAAGCGACGGUGGUUUGGUAGGCAACCGGAGUGGAUCAGUGUCGUUCGGUAUCGACUCGAUAUAUUUAAACGAUCGGUCAUCACGGUGAUAGAAGCGCGUCGGUGAUCAACUCCAGACUGAUUGGCUCCUUGGAGGAGGAUCAGCUGAUCUCGUGGUCGCUAGAAAGCAGCGUGUCGAUCGUCGGGUGAAUAGUUUCUAGCGAGAAUCUUUGAUUCUAUGCGCGGGGUGAUUGGCUUGUCGGUUUCUCAAAGUGGUCCGAACGCGUAGUUCUUCAGAAACCCAUUGGAAGAUUGAAGCUUCUCCCGCUAGACAUCGUCUCCCUCGAGGAAGCCAAUAAAUCCUCGAGAGAACGCAGACAACGAAGGAGAAACCCUUUACUUCUCUGCUUGCUCGAGCAUGCUAACGAGACGCAACCAGGAAGAGACCUCCUCAAGAUAGUUGGAAAAAAAAUCUUGCGAGAAGAACAUCCACCAAAUAAGUUCAAAGACAGAAAGAAAUAAAGAGAUUGAAAUUGACCAUAAGGUCGGUUCGUUGAUCCCAGGUGAAAAGAGGAGGAGAAGAAAGUCGUCGGAGAGGUGGUGCAGAUGAGGCCACGAUCAAUCUGCGACAGGGUGGCGGAGGAGUAUUACGAGCCUGACGGUUGUUAUUGCGAAAAUCGGUGCUUCUGACAGCCGGACUGCAGGAGGGACAGACAGACGGUAGUGUGCCACAGCAGCCGCAGUGCUUGCGAAUACUCGAUGGAUGAGUUCCAUCCAUUCAUUGAGGCCCUCCUACCAUUCGUAAAGUCUUUCUCGUACACGUGGUUCAACCUACAAGCUGCCAAGAGGCGUUACUACAAGAAACACGAGAAACGGAUGAGUCUCGAAGAGGAACGUCAGUGCAAGGAGGAGCUCCAGAACGAGAAGCUGGAAGUAAAACAGAAAUGGGCCUCGCGGCUUUUAGGCAAGUUACGAAAGGAUAUCACGCAGGAGUACAGGGAAGACUUCGUACUGAGUAUCACGGGGAAAAGGCCAGCAAUGUGUGUCCUGAGUAAUCCUGACCAGAAGGGUAAAAUGCGUCGUAUCGACUGCCUGCGUCAAGCCGAUAAGGUAUGGAGGUUGGACCUAGUAAUGGUGAUCCUCUUCAAGGCAAUUCCGUUGGAGUCGACGGACGGGGAACGGCUGGAGAAGACUGCGGAAUGUGCUCAGCCGGGCCUCUGCGUCAACCCCUAUCACAUCAACGUCUCCGUCCGGGAACUCGAUCUCUACCUCGCCAAUUUUAUCACCAGCCACGAGGUCCUAAAUGGCAUCUGCAACGCGAGCAAGGAGGAAGAGAGGCGGCGAAAAGGUGCAGGCUACCACGAACUAUAUAACGGUGUUGUCUGCAAUGACACGAUCCUAGCGACAGGUGUCUUCAGCUCCAAGGAGCUCUGGAUGCUUUCAAAAGCGUCCAUACUGCAUGACCUCAGCGACAUGCAGCCUCAAAUAAACGCGAUCAAAAUAGAGCACCCGCCGUACUACUGCAGCAGCUACACCCCUCCGUCCGCAGCCACGGCCGCGGAUCAUGCUCAGCCAGCGGCUAGCUUCAGCCCACCACCGGUGCAUCAGCUCAUAAGGAACGACAAGACUGAAAAGCCCCCUACGGUUUCCGUAUCGAGUGCGCCGACAUUCUCGCCGGUGCUCAGGCCAGAGGAUGGUCACCGUGGAAUGGAUUCUCCGCACUCGCAGACGGGAUUGCACUCCCCGCACGAAGGACUGGCCGGUGGUUCCGGUCAAAGUAUGUCCGGGCUUGCCUACUACCAACCGGAGCACCCUGCCUCCACGGGGGUGGUCAAGUAUCCCGAGAACGGUCACGACACCCUGUCGGAUUUCGUGACGUUCGUCUGCCAGGAGGCCGAGAAUACUCAACAACUGCCCCAGGCGCAGCUAGCCGGACCCCGCACUGGCAUACAAAAGUUCUCACAGUAUUAUCCGAGCUCGAUGCUUCCGCCACCACCUCCGGCCCCGAUGGCGAGGCCUGUCGCCAUUAUAAGGUCGACGGGCGAGCUGACGGCUACGAACUCGAACUCGCCCCCCACUUCGUCCACCUCGCCCACGGACCCAGCCGAACUGGCAUCCAAUCAGGAGCAAAUGGCUGCUGCGGCAGCGGUCGGACUGGUCAGUUCCGGUUGCCAGAGCUCCGUCGACCCAGCCGGAAGAAAGAGCCCUGCGAGGAUCCUCGUCACCGCGCCACACACCAGCCGGGAAUACACCUUUGCUCACUUUCACUCUCAACCUGGACAGCAAAUAUUCACGUAUCCUACCAUCAGUUCGAUGUCAGGGGUUAUCUCCCCGACGAACCUCUCCUUAUUUUCGUCGCCAGUUUCGGUGACAAGGCCGGUGGCCACCCAGAGAUCGGUCUCCAACGUGCCACCUCGCUGGAACACCGCACCGUUCAUUAAUCUCGAGGACGAUUACAACAUGAUUGCUCCGAUCAUCACCGGGACUGCCAGCGAACCGCCUUCCACCAUGGACGAAGACCGAUACUUCCACCCGGUGCAUGCGAGCAGCGUGGUGGACAAGAGCGGCGCUGGUAACUUGAUGGGCACAGAUCUGGGCGUGGCGACGGACCCGACAUCGCACCACCACCAACAACAGUCCCAGCAAGCUCAGCAACAGCCUCAGCAGCAACCUCAACAACAACAACCGCCACCGCAGCAGCAACAGCAACCGCAGCAACAGCAGCAGCAACAAGUGAUGCAGGACAAGAGCGGCAGACCGAAAUCUCCCCCGUGACACUGGAGGCUUAGAGCGGAAAGCGUCGAGAAGCUCGCAUGUUCCACGGGGUCGUUACAUACCGGCGCAUACGAUAAUUACCCUGAGCCGGAGGGGAAUCGCCAGGAUUCCUCGUGUCGUGUUCAGCUUCGCGACCUAAGCCUGCGGAGAAUCGAGUGCCUGAGAGUCUGAUCGUAGUUUAAGCGGGCCGCGUCGAGGGAACGUUCGAGGGCGCUUCCGGCGAACGGGCUUCCCCCGCCAUUGCUCUGUUGAGAGGGGGUGAACACCGGGGUUAGGUCCUCGCUAUGCGACCACUCGGCCCUUCUUCACCCUCUGAGGCUCGUCGGCGCCUUUCGUUCUUUCUCAAUUUUAUAACUUGAGAAUUUUUAUUUCUCCUCUGUUUGUUAUUUUUCUUUGAAAGAUUUGAUUAGCGAUAGACUAUGCGUAGUCUAGUGAAAAAUACUUAGUCUACUUAGGAAGUUAAUUCCAAUUGUUAACUGUAGCUGUGAAAAGUGUAGAUUCUGUUAAAACAUGAACUCGCGCGUUUAUUCGUUCUUACGGCUUUGUAUAAUAGUAUUUCGGAAGGAAAGGAAAAAAAGAUCGUCUACAGUGAGAAAUUUCAUUUUCCUGCAAGGAACGAAGGGCAUUUUUCGUCCUCGGGGGGUUAGCGUUUCGGUCAAUUAUUACUUCCGCGCCACCGGAAGCGUCGUUCUCCUCUCUCGACGCGCCGUUAAUUUCUAACUCUUUCUCUUUCUCUUUCUCUUUCUCCUUCCUUCUCUCUUUCUCUUAAGCGUACUCGGUGGACGUGAGUAAGAACCCCUCAUUUCGUCUCCUAAUUGAAACGUCGCCCGAUCGUCGUCGAUCGGUCCCGUCGACCAAUAAAAUUCAUAGACGAUUUAAACUCGAAGAAAGGAAAUAAGAAGAAGAGAACGAAACGAAAAAAGGACAAGAGAAGAACUGCAGAAAAGGAAAGAAAAGAAAAGAAAAUAGCAGUAGUGUAUCGUUUUCCACACGAUUUUAUAACGAUUGUCUGUUUCCUAUUCUUCCUGCUUCGAGACCCUUCCGGAACGUGUGUUUUUGUACAUACACGCUCGUGGUAUUUUCUAAAAUUAUAGAAGACGUUAGAAUAGUUGCGUCUACGAGAUAAUACAAAAAAUGAAAAAAGCAAAAUACGACAGACGAACAAAAAAAUAUAAUCUGUUGUGCUCUUCGAAAAAGGGUUUAACGACAAGGAGAAAACGAAGAGAUUGAAAAAAAAAGAACUUUCUAGUGCCAAUUUCGUAGUUUAUAAAUAUUAUAACGAAAUUAUAAUUUUCUAUUAUAUUUUUUUAUAAUAUUUAUGAAGGAACACAGACACGUAUAUACGUAUGCACACGUACACAUGCAUGUUUAGAUAACACGUGAGCAAAUAUAGUCGAGAUAAUGAGAAAAACUUCUUCUUCGAUGAACGAGAAAGGGACAUUUUUAAAAUUAAUCUAAAGAAAAUUAAGCGAAUACACGUAUAAAAGAAAAAAAGAAGAGGAUAGUAGAUAGAGAGAAGGUCGAGAGGGUUCGAUCGACGAGUAUCGGUGAGAAUAGAAGCUAACCGGUCCACGAACCACAGAUAAUAAUAUUAAUUAUAACAUUAAUAAUAACGAUGAAACGAUAAUUGAUAACUUUAUAAUUGUAUCGUUGAUUAAUCGCCUAAUGCUCAGACUAGUGCUAAGACUAGUGAAAAAGAAACACAGAGGAAAACGAAAAAAUAGAGAGAACGACUAGUUGCGCGGACUAGUCAUCAGAGGCUGCUAGUUAGAGAUAAAGUGAAUAUUUAAUAUUGAUUACUAUUGAUAAAUUAAGCGGUUAACUAAGUAAAAAGAGAGUACGAUUUAUUUCACGAUCGAUGAUGAUUAAGCGAUAUAACGGCGCGCGUAAAUAAGAGGACGAAGAUGCAAGUGAAACGGAAGAAAACGAAGAGGAAGAAGAGGAGGAAGAAGAGGAGAAAGUCGAAGAAAAAAGACUAGAAAACGAGACUAUAAAAAGGAAUUUCGGAGAAGAGAAGACGAUGUUUCGAGAUAGUGAGAGAUCUAUAGUUAUUAUACUACUUAGGAAUUUAGUGUAACGUCGCGCAAUGAUAAACGAGAUAAUGUAACAUCGAACUCGACGACAACGAAGGUCCUAAACUAUAAUAUUGUAUAUUGUCCAAAAGUGCUUUCCGUCGACUGUACGUUAAAUGAGGGUGUCCGACGAUGCGGAGCGAAUCUGUUUUUCUUUUUCUUUCUCUUUUUUUCUUGAAACUUGACUCUUUCGCUGCCAACUUUCAAGAACCAAGUCAGCCACGAUAUGCACUCUAUCUUUUUCCAAGUUCUUAAAGGCGUAUAAUAUCAUUUUCAAAAAUAUUUUAAGAAUUAAGAAGGAGGAGAAACUCUGAUUCUGACAGCGUGAGGGUUGAAAAGCAAGCACGAGCGGCGACUUGUUCGCUUUAUAAUCCCUAGCGAUAGCGAUUCCCAAGAAACUCCUUACGUGAAAUGCGUUUAAUAUAUUCGCUAGGCGACCAGGUAGUUUUUCGAGAUGAUUCUUCCUGGGUUGGUGUAAAGUUUCACGAAAAUCCCUUUUGUUUUUUCUCUCUUUCUCUCUUCGAGUAAGAUUGAAAGGGUGCGCGGCGUUCUUGCCCAUUAGCGACGACUGGAUCCGACGAUCGUGCAACUCGAUUAACUUGCGUCUCAUUCGUCACUGUGACCCUAAAAAGGAAAACACAGCAGAGAGACGAAAGUUGUCACGAGCGGUUGCUUUUAAAUAUUAGUUCGGUUUUGUUCCGUUCCUAGCGUUAAUUACACAAGAAAUAAGACGGCGAUCGUUCAAAGCCAAUGCUUCACUUUUUCAUUCUAUCUCCUCCCCUGACCGUUGGUUUUUAUUAUAUUUGCUCGCUUAUCUCUGCUUUUAUGUGUCUUUAAAAAAUUAAUAUUCGUAGGCGACUAACGCUGCUUUAGAAUCCAGAGGUUUUGUUACGAGUGACUUGUUCGAAGUUUGAUUGUUCCGCUGUAUUAUUAUUAACUCGUGGAAGAUACAGUAGAAUUUCAUUUAUUAGAGUAAGACGUUAAAAAUUCAUCUUUAGAUUCCCAUUUGAUCUCAAACAUUGAAAUUGAAAAAAGAAAGGGUUUAGGAUCGAGUCGAUAUCGCGAUUAAAUGGGAAGAAUGAAGGCACCCUGUCAAUCGGUUCGUAGUGAUAGUACAAAGAACUUGAGACUAGCAAUAUCGAUAACUAGCGUUAGAAGAAAGAAAAAUGAAAAAAGAAGCGUAACAUUUACACAGACUCGAGUUAAAGAAAUUAACGGGAGCGAUACGAUGCUACUAUUCCUAUAAAAAUUGCUUCUUACCGCUACUAAUAAUAUUACGAAGCGACGAUAAAUACCGCUGCAACUAUAUUGUUAAUAACUACGAGGGGAAGAAAAACUACUACUAUUAUUAUAACUACUACUGUACAACAAUUACCACCACCACCAUACCACCAUCGCCAUCAG